CGACUGCAAUAACAUGUGCCCGGUCUUUUGCGCACAGUGCAUGGAUGUGUUUUACACAGUACCUUUUUAUGUUAUCAUGACACGUCAUUCCAUCGAAAGUUGUAUCUCUACAAAGUAUUGCAAGGCGGAGAAUACACGCCUGCUACAGAAGACAAGAACAUGUGAUUUCAUACAAAGCAUGCGUAAUGAACAUGGCCAACAAUAGCCCAAAUACCGGCGGUGAGGCAAAGCGUACCGAGAGCGGCGUCUUGCUGGGACAGUCUAAAAUAGUUCUGUUUUCCCUCAGGAAAACGGAGCGUGAAGGACGCUCUUCCAAUACGCUUGAUCGUGGCAAACAUAACUAAAUGUGAACCCGGAAUUCUGCAAGGACAGGUGGGACAAUCCGAAAUCUUCAAGGGGCUGAGACGAACGAAGACUGCUACUGCGUAGCGAAAGCUGAAUGAAUGACUGAUUGAGAAGGGAAAGGGCACCAGCCACGGGCAGCUGCAACAAUACACAUAAUUAAGCCACAAACAAAGCUUGCAGGGGAAGAGUAUAAACAGUUCACCUUAGCAAAGGAAACUAGCGUUGUUUAAAUGCGCGAAAUCAGGCUUGACUCACCGCUGAAGGUGACACUGAGCUCACCUCGAAAUCAGGAAACCAUGGAUUUGCGCUGAUAAAGGACCGUGUUAUGACUGAUCUCUUUGUACACUGGACGAAGGAGCUGUGCCUCAGACUAUAAGGCAACAGAGCUGGCUAAAAUGAUUGCUUACCUUGCAAGAUAAUUGAAGCGACCAUUUUCGAUUUUGUUUCGAUCCCAUCGUUUAUUGUUCUUUUCAAUUGUAUAAAAACUAUGCAUUUAUAGGAAUUUAAUAAGAACUAUUCUUUCCCCCUGGGAACGCUUCAAAUGACGUCGUGCUACAUUUGUGAACUUGUUGACCGGAAAUAUUUUAAAAUGCACAUUUUGGGUGCUUCUCAUAUUCUCAUAUUUUUAGGAAUAUAGCCCACUCCUAUUCCAGUUUCAACAAACCGCAAGGAUGCCUGGAGCUCUUCCGCCAGCACAAGCACUUUAUAUCGGAAUGGAGGUGGUCAUUGCCAUGUCCUCUGUGAUAGGAAAUGUGAUGGUGGUUUGGGCUGUAAAAAUUAAUCGUUCAUUAAGAGACACGACUUUUUGCUUUAUUGUUUCUUUGGCUUUGGCUGAUAUUGCAGUCGGGGCUCUAGUUAUUCCUUUGGCCAUAACUAUCAGUAUUGGACUGAAGACUCACUUCUACAGCUGCUUGCUCGUGGCUUGCACCGUUCUGGUGCUGACGCAAAGUUCCAUCUUGGCCCUCCUGGCGAUUGCUAUUGACCGCUACUUAAGGGUCAAGAUCCCAAUGAGCUACAAGAGAGUUGUGACACCACGGCGGGCCGGAACGGCCGUGGUGCUAUGCUGGACAGUGUCCUUCGUGGUGGGCCUCACACCCAUGCUGGGCUGGAACAAUCUCCAGAGGCUGCAGGAGAACAGCUCUCUGGGCGCCGACCUCGUGGUCACCUGCCAGUUUGAGAACGUCAUCAGCAUGGACUACAUGGUCUAUUUCAACUUCUUUGGCUGGGUGUUGCCCCCGCUGGUCCUCAUGCUGCUCAUCUAUGUCGAGAUCUUCUACAUGAUCCACAGGCAGCUGGACAGGAAGGUGUCGGCCAGCCAGUCAGACCCCAGGAGGUACUACGGCAAGGAGCUGAAGCUGGCGAAGUCUCUGGCCCUUGUGCUCUUCCUCUUUGCUGUCAGCUGGCUUCCUCUUCACAUCCUCAACUGCAUCACGCUCUUCUGCCCGUCCUGCGAGAAGCCCAUGUUCCUCAUCUACAUCGCCAUCCUGCUCACGCACGGCAACUCGGCCGUCAACCCCAUCGUCUAUGCCUUCCGCAUCAAGAAGUUCCGCAACGCCUUCCUCAAGAUCUGGGAGCAGUACGUCUGCUGCAACAAGGAGACGCCCCGCCUCCGGAGCCGUGGCAGCGACCGGUUGGACAGUCACAUCAAACGGCACAUGCAGCAGCACGAUGACCUCUGAUCAUUACUGGAGGGAGGGGGGAGAGAGACGGGCGUGUUGGGGAGCAAGGUGGGGCUGGGCCUGUGCAAGACUGGGGAGGUGGGAUUAAAGCAUUUUGUAACGUGGCAUUCCCCAGUGUUGUCUCUGAAUGUUAAAUGGAGCCUUUCAUUAUGUAGCCCAUGACUCUGCAGUCGGUAUGUCGUUCAUCGCCUUCUUUUCAUUGGGUGAGACACUGUGACAUUCGUGUCUGCGACAUGACAUGGGAGUGUUCCAAGUGAACAGCAGAGAAGAGAGUAUGUGCGUGGUCUACCUCGCCGACAUAAAAGUAUUAAAUGUGGUCCUUGAGAAAAUUAGGGCUUUUUUUACGUGUAGGCUAAAUGUUUUAAAUGUAGCAACAUGCCAUCUGUGUCGUUCCUAAAAUCUCAUUUGGUGGUUCCUCAUGAGUAAAAUUGGAAUUCAUUUUCUGUGAAAGGCCUUUUCCAGCUCCCAUAGACAGUAAUGAUACGUCCCCAGCCUUCAUGUACAACUAUAGUGGAGUGCCUCUGGGAUGCAGUAAAUGAACAGGGAUGCUUUAGUGCUAAUUCAGUGCUUUUUUUAUCUGACAACUGACAA